UUUUACAACCCUUCUCCAGCAGGAUUCCCAUAUCAUUGGCGUGCCAUAUUGUACCCUGUACUUUGCGUCGCAGUGGACAUGCUUCAUGUCAUAUAGUUCCGGCAAUUUAUAUUUCAGGUGGAUGGAAAAAUGUACAUUGAAGUCUUAACUGCAUGAGUUGCAUUUCGUAAGGAUAUUUUUUCAGUCGCCGAAAAUGAGUACUGCUUGCCGGGAUUGCAGUGACGUGAAUAGUCAUGUCGACUCUACAGAUCACGUAGUACCUGCACCCGCAGAACAAGCAGAUACAACACCGGAAUUAAAUGAAACGACGACCACAACAAAUGAAACAACUCAUAGCCACACCCCGUCAGGAUUCAAUUUAAUGCACUAUUUCAACGGUACCACGCUGCGCAACUUUGUAGGCGAACCAAACGGAAACGUAGGUGAUCGUGAAACACAACGAAUCAUAGCCAAUCGCAAUUUUUUAAUACGGAUACUAAUAUGUGGGCAUCUAAUAGCAGCCAUCCUCUUCGCAGGACUGCUCAUAUGGACCAUAUUUGCCUACGAACUGCGCCUAUACGAGUGGCAGAGAAACCCUACACAAGCACUGCUGUUCUUCUGGCUAAUCAGAGUGCUAAUCGGGAUAUCGCUAAACGUGUGGUCAAUAAACUACCACUACCAGCGAGUACCGCUGCCACGCGUGUUUACCCACUGUACCAAGGUAUAUGAACUAACGGGCUGGGUAUGGGUGAUUUUCUCCAUAUACUUCACAGUACUCAACCCACGGGAGAAUUUGGGGACAUUCUCAUGCAAGAUGUGCUUCUUCCUCACGUGGGUAACGAUCGCGUGCUACGUGAGCCCAAUGCUCACUUGCACGCUGAUGUAUAUACUGUUCUACCCAGUCAUAUUCUACCUGGUACGAUGGAGGCACCAGGGGUCAUUUUCACCAGGAUUGCAAAAGAAGGCCAUACAAAUGCUAGAUGUAGAACGUAUGGAUUACGUACUGAAGCGUAUAGAAAAGGGUAAUACAAAAACAUUGAGCGCAGAAGAUGAUACGGCGUCAGAGAAGACUGUAGUCACCAUUGAGGGUGAAGCUGCCCAGGAAACUGCGGCACCCGAUAGUGCCAGGUCAGACAGUCCACAACCCGCCUCAAAUGAGUCUACACCAGCAGAUCAUCUGUGCGCCAUUUGUAUCAUGGAAAUUGGCGGCAGGGAGAAGAUAUACGUCAUGCCGUGCGACAUACGCCACUUCUUCCACCGCGAGUGUCUCAGAAAGUGGUUCAAACGAAGCCGCAUAUGCCCUAUUUGCCGGAUAGAUAUAGGAGAUUUACUGAAACAAGAGAAGUACGUCAUCCUGGACUAAUGG